UUGUAACACAUGUCAAUUUUCUUUCAGUGCCACCUGUCUUAUUUCUAACCUUGUUGUGUUAAUUUUCCUUUUUUGAAUAUGAUGGACCCUGUUGGCGAGUUUAUUGUGGCGAUAACUUGUUACGGACACAAACCCCUGGAUUCAUGGUGUACCAUACUUGAUAUAAAAUUAUAUGUACUUGAUUAAUUGGGUGUCUUGUUAGGUGUUAACUACUUGUAUGUGAGGCCUCCCCAAUGAGGUCUUGUUAUUUUCUUUUGUGUAUCUUAGAAAUUGGAAAUGUAAUUCUCAUUUCUUAGUACAUGCACAUCUUACUGCCAGUGAGUUUCUUCCUGCAGUAGGUACCUGGGUGUGAUUUCAUCUACUAGGGUAGUUGUUUACAUAACUGGAUUCUUUCUUCUGUAUAAUCUUUAUUCCUUAUGUCUUGUUAACUAUGGGCAAUAAGCACUAUGGCAUCAAAUGGUCUGGCCAAGUGCUAUUUUGCCAAUUGUUCAUCAAUUAUAUACAUACUGCUAAACAAAGUUCUCUGCAAUCCGAGUAAGACGGAGCCCACCACUAUUGACUACCAGUAAAACUGGGCCAGAUUAUGUGAAGUCUGUGUCUUGCUAAAGUUCAGCAUAGCAAGCAACAAUAAAGCUGAUGGUUGCAAAGCGAUUGAGUGAUGAAAUAUGAACAAGGUUAUUGCAUCCCUUGGCCCGUUCUGUGUUUUCAGUGCUCAAAUGACCGCAAAGUGGUUUGAUGUGGAUGCUGCAUUCCCAUCUUUACAUUGUGGCUUUGUUGGAUGGGAGAUCCAGUCAAGCUUAUUUGGCUCAACAGCAGAAGUCUUGUUGAGUUUUGGAUAACAUUGCAAUGCCCAUACCCAUUGCUGAUGGACGGUGUCUAUUUCGUGUCCUGACCGUGACAAGUUUCUCUUCUUGUUUCAACAAGAGCUCUCUGAUCCAUCAUGGCAUCACAAUCACAUAUUAUUCUCAGUCACUAUUGCCCUCCAUUCCUCGUGAAUUUUGCCCCGUCUUCAUUUUCAGACUUGUCACAAUGCCGGCCUCGAAGCUGAGGCAGCAGUUUAAAAUGGAGAAGGCACUCUUUUACAUUAUCCCAUCAUGUGACAUCCACCUUUCCCUGGCAUCUUUAGUCCACCACUGAAGGUUUUGCUUUUGUUUAUAUGGAUGAUGAAAGAGAUGCAGAGGAUGCUAUUCAGGGGCUUGACCGAAUAGAAUUUGGCAGAAAGGGACGGAGGCUUCGUGUUGAGUGGUCUAAGGAAGAACGGAGCAGGAAGCCUGAGGGUUCUAAAAAAUCUUCAUCGAGCUUCAGAGUUUCCAAGACCUUGUUUGUCAUAAAUUUUGAUCCAUAUAAUACUAGGACAAGGGAUCUGGAAAGGCACUUUGAUCCAUAUGGAAAAAUACUCAAUAUAAGGAUCCGAAGGAAUUUUGGAUUUAUUCAAUUUGAAUCACAGGAGGAUGCCACUAGAGCCCUGGAUGCUACAAAUAUGAGUAAGCUGAUGGACCGAGUUAUCACAGUGGAGUAUGCAAUCAAAGAUGAUGAUGAUAGGAAAAAUGGAUAUGGUCCUGGUAAAACCUAUAAUCAAUCACCCAGGAGAGGUUAUGACCGAGGCCGAUCUCGUAGUCCACGUGGAAGAGAUAGGCUGAGUCCAGACUAUGGUCGUGGCCGAGAUCGGCCUAGUCCAGACUAUGGUCGUGGUCGAGAUCGGCCAAGUCCGGACUCUGGUCGUGGUCGAGAUCGGCCAAGUCCUGACUAUGGUCGUGGUCGAGAUAGGCCUAUUCCUGACUUUGGUCGUGGUAGAGAUCGGCCAAGUGCUGACUUUGGUCGUGGUAGAGAUCGGCUAAGUCCUGAUUAUGGUCGUGGCCCUAGUCGAAGUCCUAAGCACAGGGAAAGGAAUUCUGAGUAUGGCCGUGGCCAUAGUCCAGUUGUAGGAAAGGAGAGAAAUCCUGGUCAUGGGAAUGUUCGUAGCCCUAGCCCUCGUAGGGAAAGAACAGGUCCAGGAAAUGGUCUUAUGAGCAGUCCGCUGAAAAACAGAAGUCCUGGUUAUGGUGAUAGACCCGGUCCUAGUCCUCAAAGGGAGAGAAGAGAUAAAUAUAGCCUGGAUGGUUAUAAUCGUGGCAGCAGCCCAGGUCCUAAACUUGAACCAGUAGGAAGUCCUGUACGUGAUGGGAGGGGAAAUUCGGAGCGAUGCAGGAGUCGUUCACCUCCAGCUCGGGAAAGAUCGCGCUCCUGAUUUGCUUGAAGCUGUUUUGAUACUUGGAGUAAUAUCUGUAGAAUGGUUAUGUUGAAAGUGGUGCUUGUAGAAUUACACCUUGAAGUUGCUGGAACAUCAAAGUAGCAUGUGGGUUUUAGAACCAAUGUAAUAUACCUUGGGAGAUAGUUUUUGCUGUUGGAAGUGAUUUAGAACUGCUACCGUGUAUCUGCCUUGUUUACUGGAUACUCUCUUUUCCAUUUGAUACUGAUCUGGUAAGACUUGGGCCAUAUCAUUCUUAGCUUGGCUUUACC